AGUAGGGAAGAAUACUUUGGUAGUCUUUCCUCACUUGACCGGCCAUGAUGUUAAGCGCCGUAUCGAGGGCAGCCGCUGGGGCUUUAAGGGCCGUCAAACCCACCCUUUUUCAAAAUGAAGUUGCUAAAGUAGCUGCUACCGUAUCAGUGGACAAGAAAAACUAUGCCAAAGCAGCAUCAGCAAAAGGUGCUCAAGGCAAAGUUGUUGCUGUCAUUGGUGCCGUCGUGGAUGUACAAUUCGAAGAUGCUCUUCCACCUAUUCUUAAUGCAUUGGAAGUACAAAACAGAAGCCCCAGGCUAGUACUGGAAGUAGCCCAACAUCUUGGUGAAAAUACUGUUCGUACUAUUGCUAUGGAUGGUACUGAAGGUUUGGUACGUGGUCAGAGUGUUUUGGAUUCUGGUUAUCCCAUUCGUAUUCCCGUUGGUGCUGAAACUCUGGGCCGUAUUAUUAAUGUAAUUGGCGAACCCAUUGACGAACGUGGUCCCAUUGGUACCGAUAAGUUAGCUCCUAUUCACGCAGAUGCACCUGAAUUUGUAGAAAUGUCAGUAGAACAAGAAAUUUUAGUAACUGGAAUUAAAGUCGUAGAUUUACUUGCUCCUUAUGCCAAAGGAGGAAAGAUUGGUCUAUUUGGCGGUGCUGGGGUUGGUAAAACUGUGCUUAUUAUGGAGCUCAUUAACAACGUUGCUAAAGCUCAUGGUGGUUACUCUGUAUUUGCUGGUGUAGGAGAAAGAACGCGCGAAGGCAACGAUUUAUAUCAUGAAAUGAUUGAAUCCGGUGUUAUUUCCUUAAAGGAUAAAACUUCUAAGGUAGCACUUGUAUAUGGUCAAAUGAACGAACCACCGGGCGCUCGUGCUCGUGUAGCUUUAACUGGUUUGACUGUUGCUGAAUAUUUCCGCGAUCAAGAAGGACAAGAUGUACUAUUGUUCAUUGACAACAUUUUUAGGUUCACACAAGCUGGUUCAGAGGUAUCAGCUUUGUUAGGUCGUAUUCCAUCAGCUGUAGGUUAUCAACCAACCUUGGCAACUGACAUGGGUACCAUGCAGGAACGUAUUACUACAACCAAAAAGGGAUCUAUUACUUCCGUACAAGCUAUUUACGUACCUGCCGAUGAUUUAACAGAUCCUGCUCCUGCUACUACCUUUGCUCAUUUAGACGCGACCACUGUACUGUCGCGUGCUAUUGCUGAGCUUGGUAUCUACCCAGCUGUGGAUCCGUUGGAUUCGACAUCUCGUAUCAUGGAUCCCAAUAUUAUCGGCACUGAACAUUAUAAUAUCGCUCGUGGUGUACAAAAGAUUUUACAGGAUUACAAAUCCCUUCAAGAUAUCAUUGCUAUUUUAGGUAUGGAUGAGUUGUCAGAAGAAGACAAGCUUACUGUUGCACGAGCCCGUAAAAUUCAAAGGUUCUUAUCUCAACCUUUCCAGGUCGCCGAAGUAUUCACCGGUCAUGCUGGCAAGUUAGUACCAUUGCAAGAAACUAUUAAAGGAUUCCAAAAGAUUUUAGCUGGAGAAUACGAUCACCUGCCAGAAGUUGCAUUCUAUAUGGUGGGUCCGAUCGAAGAAGUAGUAGCUAAAGCUGAAACAUUAGCGAAACAAUAAAUUGUAUUUGUUAAAAGUCACGCCAUAAAGGUACCAUAAUAAGUCUAUGAGAAAAAUCAUCAAACGAUUAAUCGUUAAUAUUUUAUUUGUGGUUAACAAUAUAAACAUUCUUGCAAAAAA